AUUUGUGAGUACAGAGGAGAAGAAAGCCCAGGGUAUGAAACGAGACAAUGAGGUUCUCAUCCACAGACGCAAGGAGGGUGGGCUGACAGUUCCGUACAGAAUUAUCGACAACCCUUCCAAGUUGACACCUGAUGACUGGGACAGAGUGGUUGCUGUGUUUGUCCAGGGUCCUGCCUGGCAGUUCAAAGGCUGGCCUUGGAAUGGGAAUCCAGUAGAGAUAUUUUCUAAGAUCAAGGCGUAUCACUUGAAGUGGUGUGAACUGCCAGUUGACAGCAAUGUCCAGAAGUGGUCAGUACACAUCAUGAACCUGGACAGACAUCGCCGACACUUGGACAGGGCUGCCUUGCAGCAGUUUUGGGAGCACUUAGACAAGUACAUGCUGAAAAACAAGCCCCAGCUGCGAUAUUGA